AUGUCCCUCGAGCUAUCCAACCUCUUCUCUGUCAAAGGAAUCGUCGCCAUCAUUACAGGUGGCGGGACAGGCCUGGGACGCACCGUUGCCCUCGCUCUCGACGCCAACCACGCUGCAAAAGUCUUCAUCAUCGGUCGUCGCGAGCAGCCACUUCAGGAAACAGCCGCCCAGGCGGUCAACCGCUCAGUAAUCCCCAUCGUAGCAGACAUUACGUCUCAGGACUCCCUACAGAAUGCAUAUCACGCCAUCGCCGCACAAACCUCACACAUCGAUCUCCUAUUUGCCAAUAGCGGCACCAACGGUCCAGUUACCCACAUCCCGCCAAAGUCAGAUGGCUCGCCUCCGACUCUGGCCGAAUUCCGCGACCACCACUGGAGUCAUCCCAUGACUGACUUCACCGAUACUCUCAACGUCAAUGUGACAGGCACACAGUACACUAUUCUAGCCUUCCUACCGCUACUCGAUGAGGCAAACAAGCGCCGCCCACCGCCGGAGACUAAUGAGCUCGCGCCGCCCCGUCCGCAGGUAAUUGUCACCAGCUCCGUCGCCGCAUUCGUUAAUAGGCCCUCCGGAUUCGCUUAUUCGUUCUCGAAGGCUGCCCUCGUGCAAUUGGUUAAGGUGUUUGCGGCCAAUUUGACACCGUACCAGAUCCGUGUCAACGGGAUUGCUCCAGGCCUGUUCUAUAGCGACAUGGCUCGACAUCUAUUUGAGAAGCGAGGCGUGUCUGGGCGUGGUAUCUCGGACGGGUCAAUGAAACCUGACUUCAUUCCUCUGACUCGGGCGGGAAGUGACGAGGAUAUUGCCGGUACAAUACUGUGGAUGGCGGGCCAGUCAGGAGGAUAUCUGACUGGGGAGACGAUCGUACUUGACGGUGGGCGCAGGACACUUUUUAUGCAGGGGUCCUAG